AGUGGAGGUAGAGUGUCGCCCUCUCGUUUUUAGCCACUUAGAGAACGUAGCUUGCAGGGAUGCUGUGAAGUGCCUUUGACAUUACGACAGAGAGGAAAAAAGAAAAGGUAUUUAGAAGAGGGAGAGAUAUAGAACUAAAACAAAGAGAGAGUGAGAGAGUGAAAAGAAAGGAUAGAUACAAAGAAAAAUGAAGUGAAUUGAAAAAAAGGAAAGGUAGAUAAGAGAGGAAUUAGGAUAAAAGAGGAGAUAUAGAUAAAGAAAGGAAAGGAAGUAAAUGUGAAAAAAAUAUAUAUAUGUAUACGAAUAAUCUCAAUAAAGAAAAAAAUCUGUGAAAACGAAAAAAAAAAAAUUGAUUAAAAGCCACAAAAAAUGAAAUAGAAAACAAACCAGACAAAAAAAAAACAUACAAAGAAAACAAAGAGUGUGAAAAGUAAAGAAAAAUGCAGGUCAACUUAGAGAAAAUGAGAUAAAAUAGAGAGAGAGAAAGAGAGAGAAAAGAAAAAAGACAGGAAAGUGCUGGACGUGCUUCUUGAUCACUUGGAAAGAAAGAGAGAGAGAAAAAAAAACAAUAAAACAUUAUAAACCUGAUAGUGUUUGUGUGUGUUUGUGUGUCUGUCUCUUUGUGCAUGUGUAAGUGAGAAAAUUCAUCUGUUUCCUCUCUCCCUCGAAAAAAAAAAAAUAAAUAAAUAGGGAAAAAAUCUGAGAACGACGAAAGAACUAGAAACACAGAACGAGAGAAAAACAACAACCGAAAGAGAGAAAGAAAAGAAAAAAAUAUUUAAAAAGAAGAGGAAAAGAAAAGAAAAACAAAAAAAAAUUAGAGACACGGAUAGGAAAGGUGAGAGAAACACUGAACGAAAAACUGAAACACAACAAAAACAGACAGAACAACAAAAGUGAACAGAGAAUAAAAGAGAAAUUACAAAUAAACGAGAACAGCGAAGGGGAAAAUAAAAUAAAAGAGAAAGGAAAAGAAGAACAGCAAACAGGAGGAACAACAAGAAGCAGGAGGCAGAAGUUAACAAAGACAAGAGGAAAAAAAAGAAGAGAAAAAGAUAGAAAAGAAGGAAAGAAACAGAAACAGUACAGCAGAAGGAAGAGGAACUGCUGUUAUCUUUAUUCUUUCUCACUGUCUUUAUUCAACGUUUCUCACUCCCCUCUUCAUCAUUUAUCUUACCUUCAUUAACUCCAUAAUUUGUUCUCCCUUCUCUUAUUCGCUCCUGCUCUAUUAUUUACCUUUUAUUCGUCUUCAUUUUUAUUGUCCUGGUUCUUUUUCUUUGCAUCUCUUUAUUACCUUCUCGUGUGUGUCUGUAACCCUCCUCCUUGCUCCUUCCUAGGCUAGCAUGCUUCCCCACCAUGUACUCUCUCGCUCACUAUGUACACCAGCCAGUCAAACAACACACACACACACACCCACACACACACACUGAAUGAAUCAUAAGCAGCAGGCAGGACCUAAGCACAAUAUUUACGUGAAUGGAUCAAUGUUAACGCCUCACAUUCAUUACCUUGAUUGAAAUGCUGAUGAAGGUGUGCGGCUUAAAAACAUUAGCAGUGUUUUACGUGUAGAAACUUGCAGGCUUUCAAGAGAGGAAGAUAUAUUUCAUACAUGUAAUAGAAGCGUGUUUACGUGCGUCUUUGAAAUGUUGAUAAAGGGAGUGAGGCUAUGAAAUAUAUCCUGGUGAAAAGUAUUAUGAUAAAAUUUGUAGGAGAGGGAAAUAAUAUGACGCGGGUUGAAGCGUUUUCGUGUUAAGUUCUCAUUGGAUUUUUUUUUACUUUUUUAUUUUUUUUUAUUUUUUUUUUGGCGUCAAACAUUAACAGAUGCAGUGGCUGUUGAAAAAUACUCACUGAAAGUUGAGUCAAAAGGGAAAAAGUAAAAAAAAAGUUUAAAAGACUCACGUGUUUUCAAUUUUAAACUCAAAAUUUUAAUAUUUUCUAACAUUUUAUUAGACUAAACUAAAAAAAAACGAAAAAAAUAAAUAUCCAAGUAAGGAGAGAGAACAAAAAAAAAAAAAAAAAAACGAGCACACACGAAACUAAAAACUAAAGAGAACAUCUUCAAGCAUUUCUUUUUUGUUAAUUUCCUUAGCAUGGUCAAAUAAGAUUAGGUGUAAAUAUGAGAGACUCGUGUGUGGCGACCGCGGUGUGUUUGGCCCCCCAUGUGUGGUGAACUGCGUGUCUUGGCCUGGCGAGCGAGCCUUCCCUGCCCCGUCUGCUCCCUGUCCUCUCCCCUUCCCUCCCUCUCCCUUUCCCACACCGCCCCUCUUCCCCAUCUGUCGUGUACACCAAAGCGGCUUGUCACGCACGCAGGUACACACGCACGAACACACACGCACGGUGGGACAAGGGAAGUGGCACACACACACACACACACACACACACACACACACGCACACACACACACACACACACACACACACACACACACAUCGGCGCAUACUUUCACGCCAAGAAUAUGAAUGUUUUUUGUGGGUUUGGUUUUAAAUAAAGACUAAAGUGAGAAUACUGAAAAAAAGGACAAAUUGCGCGGGGCAUUUUGCAAAACGUGAGGUGAAUUAAAUUGGUUUUGUUUGUCGAUGUGGUGCUUUCUUUGUUUGGUUGCUUGCUUGCUUGAUUCCCUUCUUGUUUGUUUGUUUGGCGAGUGAAAAGGUGAAGGUUAGAUAAGUAACACACACACACACACACACACACACAUUCUCUCUCUCUCUCUCUCUCUCUCUCUCUCUCUCUCUCUCUCUCUCUCUCUCUCUCUCUCUCUCUCUCUCUCUCUCUCUCUCUCUCUCUCUCUCAUAUAUAGCUUUCUAAACUUUGUAUUAAUCUUCCUUUCCUCCUCCUUUAUCUUCUCUUCUCCCUCUCUUCCUCUCUGCACCCCUUGUUCCUCUUCAUCUUUCUCGCCUCCUCCUCCAUUCAUCAUGUUUAUUAUUCCCUAGUUCGUCUUUGGCCUUUCCUUUUCACUUAUAUUCCUCUUCUCGCUUAUUCAUCUUUCCCUCUUUCCUCUUUAGUUUCCUCUUGCGCCCCUUUGAUCUUUCCUUUUCCACGUACUUAGCUUGUUUCCUUUUCUUUCCUCUUCUAAUUUUUCCUCUUUGCAUCCUCUCAUGUUUUAGUUUCUCCUAUUGUUAUUAUUAUCUUUACUGAUCUCUUAUCUCUAUCUCUUUAUUUGUCUUUUCACGUCGUUCUCUUCAUUCUUUUCAACUAUUCUUUAAUUCUCUGUAAAUUCAUUUCAGCACCUCUUGAAAUCUUAAUUAGUCUCAUAUGCAUUUCAGUUAAAUCCUCGUAUUUUUUCUUCCCUUCCAUAAAUUUUACUUCAGCCAACCUUUUUCAAAUUCAUCAAAAGUUUCAUGGAUUCCUCUUAACUUUUUAUUUCCUCUUUAAUUCCUCUAAUUAAUAUUAUCUGUCUGGUUGUGUCUCCUCAUUUCCUCUUGUUCCUGUUGAUUUUCUCUUGUUUUCCUCUCGUUCACCUCUUGUUUCCCUCUUGUUUCUCUUUAAAUUCCUCUUCUUGAUUAUCUCUUGUUCUUAAUUCUCUCUUCAUUUCCUAUUGUAAAAAAAAAAAAAAUCUGUUCUUGUUCCUCUUGAAAUGGUUUCUCAUCUUGUGUUCCUCGUGAUUUUCUCUCGUUCCACUUGAAGUUCAUUGUUCCUCGUGUGUUCUCCUCGCCGGCAACAUGUCUCUCAAGUUCCACGUGAGACAUUUCAGCCGCGUGCCGCAAGGGGGCGAGAAGGUGGCCAAGGUGACGUUCAGAGGUGUGUCGCAGUUCACACGCGUCGCUGAGGAUUGUGGGGAGGAUGCCGUGUUUGAUGAGGUGCUGGUGUGGCCCGUGGGCAGCUGCGUGGAGCCCGGGGAGGAGGUCCAGGUGCAGCUGCAGGUAGUGAGCAAGUACUUCAGCAACAAGGUGGUGGCCAGCUACGCCCUGGUGCUGCAGAGGCUGGUGGGGGAGGGCGCGCUGGCCAUCACGGAUCACAUGACGGAUGCCAACAAUAAGCUCGUGCAGACUCUCAUCUCCUUCGAGGCUCGCUACAUACCUCCUCCGGGCAGCGCAGGGGGAGGCAGGCGGCGGAGCAGGGCCCGGAGCUUCAAUGCCGGGAGAGAGGACCCCGAGGAAGCUGAAGGAGGUGGAGGAAGAGGAGGAUCAGUCGAAGUAGGAGGUGGAGGGUUCUGGGAGGGUUACGGAGAUGAUGUGGACGCGGGAAUAGAGGACGACAAACAGAUGCUCUUAAAUGUGGAGCAAAAUAUAGCCAAUCUGGAACGAAAUAUUCUACAGGACACCAUGGCAUCCACCUUCAGGCGUCACUCAGGCAGCAGGAGGAGCAAGGAAGCCUCCCCAGAGACGCCCAAGAAAAGCCGAGGUUUCGUGGGCAUGAAGGCGGUUCGCUCGCUGGUUCGUCUCGGGCGGCAGCGGUCGAGGGGCGGCGGCACGAGCGGGGACGAGGAGGAACCGUGCUUGAAGCCUGGCAAGGAGGAGCUGCCCCCGAGCCGCCCUCCUUCAGCCUGCUCCUCCAACCAGUCUGACAAUGAGUCCACCUGCUCCACUCCUGUGACUGCCAGGGCUAAAAGACACAAAUCGGAGGCCGUCACCUCGACACCUGCAGAACUGAAGGCUCAGGAUUUUCAGGUGUGCAUCACGAUCAUCGAGGCGCGGCAGCUGGCGGGACUCAACAUGGACCCCGUAGUGUGCGUGCAGAUCGGAGAGCAGAGGAAGUACACGUCUGUCAAAGAGUCAACCAACUGUCCUUACUACAAUGAGUACUUCGUGUUCGACUUUCACAUGGCGCCUGCGAUGCUGUUUGACAAGAUCAUCACUCUGACGGUCUUGCAGAGUCGCAACAUCCUCAGGUCCAAUAAGGUUCUCGGGAGCUUCAAGUUGGACGUGGCCACUGUCUGGUCCCAGCCUGAGCACCAGUUUUACCACAAGUGGGCGCUGCUGACGGACCCUGACGACGUGACUGGCGGACCCAAGGGAUACCUCAAGUGUGACAUCUGCGUGGUGGGCAAGGGCGACGCCAUCAAGCCGCCCCUCAGGAACGAGAAGGACGAGGACGACAUUGAGGGCGCCGAUCCGGAGGGGAACCUGCUCCUUCCUGACGGAGUGCCCGCGGAGAGACAGAGGGCCAAGUUCAUCGUCAGGAUCUACAGGGCUGACGGGCUUCCCAAGAUCAACUCCUCCAUCAUGGCCAACGUGAAGAAGGCGUUCACUGGAGACUCCAAGGACCUGGUGGACCCCUACGUGCAGGUGUCCUUCGCGGGACUUUCGGGGCGCACCACCGUCAGGAAGAACACGUCCUGCCCUGUGUGGAACGAGCAGGUUGUCUUCACUGAGAUGUUCCCGCCUCUGUGCCAGCGAGUCAAGAUUCAGAUCCGUGACAAUGAUGCGGUGAAUGACACUGUGAUAGGCACGCACUUCCUCGACCUCACCACGAUAUCCAAUGACGGCGAGAAAGGCUUCCUCCCAACAUUUGGCCCUGCCUUCGUCUACCUUUAUGGAUCCACGAGAGGCGGCUCCGUCAUGGAUGAGCACUCAGCCCUCAAUGCUGGCCUGGGGGAAGGGAUCGCCUACAGGGGUCGCAUCCUUCUGGCUCUGCGCUGCCAGAUAACAGACCAGCUAGAUGUGGCCCCAUCAGAAGUGGAGGUGGAGAACACACUACCAAUACAGGAGAGCAACUAUGGCAAGAGUGAGGAUUUCCUGCUCUUCGCGGUGGUCCAGGAGGCAACCAUGGUAGACAAGAAGGUCAGCGACAAGCCUGUGACCUUUGAGUUGUCUGUGGGCAACUCUGGAAACUCUCUUGAUGGCUGGUCAAAUGCAAGGCCCUCCAGUGAUGACGAGGAGAGCGAUGGGGAGUCUGGUCCAGAGUCUGUCACGGCUGACACCACCACCUGGCACUCCAUGACACCGCCGGCCAAGCCUAUGACCAACGACAAGCUGUACUACUUCCUGCCCUUCUGGGAUGACAAGCCGUGCCUCUAUGUGCGCACUCCAUUCCAGGACCACCGCCGCCGCCUCUACAAUGCCAACAUUAUCGAUGGGCUUGCUGUGAAGCUGGAGGAGGGACUGGGGGAGGUGCUGUCCCAGCUGGAGGAGGAUGAUGGGAGUGCUGAGCGGCGCCUGAGGGAGGUGCUGGAGGAGCUGGUGGCCGGCUGCACCAAUUACCUCAGUGUGACGCGCGCUGCUACAGCCACCCCUGGCAGGACCAAGCUGGACAAGGAGCGGCUGAGGCUGUGCCAGAGGGAGAUUGACCAUCUUGGCAGUGCUGCACGGCACACCAAGGCUCUGGUCACCCGCCACAGCCUCAGGGAGCGCUACAAGACCUCACACACCUACCUGACCAAGCUUAAGGGGCUGUGUGAAGAUCCCCAGCACAGCCUGCCCGAUGUGUUCCUGUGGAUGGUGAGUGGAGGCAAGAGGGUGUCCUACCAGAGGAUCCCCGCCAGACACCUCCUCUACUCUGCCAUUCCGGAAGAGAAGGGAAAGUAUUGUGGCAUCUCCCAAACACUCUUCCUCAAGUUGCCGGGCCGCAAGUCAAGUGGUGCAGGUGGCUGGGCGAUCCAGGCCAAGCUGCAGGUGUACAUGUGGUUUGGUUUAAUGAAGCAGAAGAAGAACAUGGUGCCUGGCAUUCCCAAGGGCUACGAGAUGUGCUAUGAGCUGCGCAACAUUGAGAGGAGCCUCACUCUGCCACCUGUCUCCCUUCACUACACACAGAAGCAGACCUUCAAGCUGAGGGCACACAUGUACCAGGCACGCUCUCUCAUUGGCUCAGACUCGUCAGGGCUGUCUGAUCCCUUUGCCCGGGUCAUCAUGGGGGAGCACAGCAGGGUCACUCAGGUGAUAGACGAGACCCUGAGCCCCACCUGGGACGAGAUGCUGGUGAUGGACGACAUUCUGGUGUACGGCACCAAGGACGAGAUCAAGGAAAAGCCGCCCCUGGUUGUCAUUGAGAUAUUUGACCAGGAUAAUGUGGGGAAGUCUGAGUUCAUUGGCAGAGCACUGGCCCGGCCUCAUAUCAAGCUGCGGGAGGAUCCUUAUGAGCGGCCGCACCUGGAGUGGCAUGACCUGUUUCGUGGCACAGACCACGCUGGGGAACUCCUGGCCACCUUUGAGCUCCUGCAGUUCCAGGACUCAGGGGACUAUGGGGAUGAUGUUGUAAUACCCCAGGCCAAGGAGUUCUGUGCGAGUGAUGCUGGGCCCAUCCUGCCAGUUCCCAAGGGCAUCAGACCCACCCUGGCCAAAUACAGGCUGGAGGUACUGUUCUGGGGACUCCGAGACCUCAAGCGAAUCCACCUCCUGACAGUGGACCGGCCCCGGGUGGAUGUGGAGGUGGCAGGACACAUCAUCCAGUCAGCCGUCCUCACAUCCGCCCGCAAGAACCCAAACUUUACAAACCCUGUGAAGUACAUUGACCUGGAGUUGCCAGAGCAGGAGCUGUACUGCCCUCCCAUCACCAUUCGUGUGGUGGAUUGCCGCAGCUUUGGCCGCUUCACUCUGGUGGGAACACACAUCAUCUCCAACCUGCACCGCUACAUGUGGACACCAGUAACCAAGAGGGAUAGAGAGGCAGCACUGAAAAACUCCCUGGCUAACCAGCAACAUGAGAACGGUGGUGGUGGUGGUGGUGUGGGGGUGCUGCAGCUCCAACACAACAACAACCUGGUGCCCAACAAUGUCCACGGAGGGCACAGUGUGGGCCCUGUGGGAGGAGGAAUGGGAGGCCGAGGAGGAGGAGGUGGAGGAGGAGCAGCUUACGUCAGGAGGGACACAGAAAGUUGUCCUCUCCUGCAGAAGGAUACCAUCAUCACCAUCGACUAUGUGGGUGUAGGACCAGAUCUUCCCAUGGGGUCAGGAGCUGUGUCCAAGCUUGUCCCUAUAACCAAGAAGGAGAAGGCAGAGGCCAACAAACGGCGAAAGCAAAGCAUGGAACUGGAGGAGGAAGAUGAGGAGAACAGGGACUGGUGGACCAAGUACUUUGCCUCCUUGGAAGCUGUGGCCUUGCAGCAGCAGCAGCACCUGCUGGGCGACAGAGUGGAUGGCGGGGAUGGAGGGGAACAGCAGGGACAGAACCAGCAGGCGGGACAGCAGGACAGCUACGUGGUGGACCGCAGGAAACAUGGCACCUUCCGUGCCACCUCCACUGCUGCUAAACUUGCCGCCAGACUGAGUCCCAAGGCACAGAGGAGGAAACAGAAGCCCAACAUUGCCACUGUGAAGGUGAUCCCAGGAGAGCUGGAGACAGAGUUUGGCGGCUUCCGGGAGUGGUUGCACACCUUCCAUCUGUACCGGGGCAAGAAGACUGGAGAUGACCUGGAGGAUGAAGGCCGAGUGGUGGGCAAGUUCAAGGGUUCCCUGAAGCUGUACCGCUGGCCCCUCCCCAAGGACAUCGAUGACACAACCAUCACUGGCGGUGACCCUCAGUACGGCUUCUUCCAGGGACUGCCCUCCAACGACCCAAUACAUGUGUUGGUGAGGGUUUAUGUGAUUCGUGCAGUGGACCUGCACCCAAUGGACCUCAAUGGGAAGGCUGACCCAUACAUCGUCGUGCAGCUUGGUGGGAAGAAGGUGUCGGAUAAGGAGAACUACAUAUCUAAGCAGCUGAAUCCAGUGUUUGGCAAGUGCUUUGAGGUGGAGGCAACCUUCCCACAGGACUCCAUGCUGACGGUGCAGGUGCUGGACUGGGACCUGGUGGGCUCAGAUGACAUGAUUGGGGAAACCAAGAUUGACCUGGAGAACCGAUUCUACUCCCGCCACAGAGCCACCUGUGGCCUCCCCAGCAGAUAUGAGACGACCGGAUACAAUCAGUGGCGUGACCCCAUGAAGCCAACACAGAUCCUGGCGCGGCUGUGCAAGGAGGGGCGGCUGGAGGGCCCCCACUAUGGCCCCGGCAAGGUGAGGGUCGGCACCAAGACCUUCACUGUCCAACACGAAGAUGAACAUGACCCACACAGAACAAAGUUCCUUGUGAGUGAGGAGCAGCUGGCACUGGCUGUCCUGCAUCGGUGGGAGGAGGUGCCAAAGGUUGGGUGCCGCUUGGUGCCAGAACACAUUGAAACCCGGCCACUCUACAACCUAGACAAGCCCGGCAUUGAGCAGGGCAAGCUGGAAAUGUGGGUGGACAUGUUCCCGAUGGACAUGCCACUUCCCGGGCCACCCCUUGAUGUGACGCCCCGCAAGCCCAAGAGUUAUGAGCUGCGCAUCAUCAUCUGGAACACUGAUGACGUGGUGCUGGAGGACGAUGCCUUUUUCACCGGGGAGAAGAUGUCUGAUAUCUACGUGAAGGGGUGGCUGAAGGGCCCUGAGGACACCCAGUGCACCGACAUCCACUACCGCUCUCUCACUGGGGAGGGGAAUUUCAACUGGAGGUUUGUGUUUCCCUUUGAGUACCUGGUGGCGGAGGAGAAGAUUGUCAUCAGCCGCAAAGAGUCGCUCUUCUCCUGGGAUGAGACAGAGUGCAAGAUUCCUGCCAGGUUGGAGCUGCAGGUAUGGGACGCAGACCAUUUCUCUGCCGAUGAUUUCCUGGGUGCCAUUACGCUGGACUUGAACCGGUUCCCCCGUGGUGCCAAGAGCUCCAAGCUGUGCACCCUCAACAUGCUGAAGACAGAUGGUUCGGUGCCCAUGGUCAACAUCUUCAAGCAGCGCCGAGUGAAGGGCUGGUGGCCUUUCUACAUCAAGAAGGAGAAUGAGGAGAUGGAACUGACAGGAAAAGUGGAGGCAGAGAUUCACUUGCUGACCAAGGAGGAGGCGGAAAAGAACCCAGCUGGCCUUGGACGCAACGAACCUGACCCUCUGGAGAAACCCAACCGACCAGAUGCCUCCUUCAUGUGGUUCCUCAACCCACUGAAGAGCAUCCGCUACAUCAUUUGGCACAAUUACAAGUGGGCCAUACUGAAGCUGCUUGCCUUCCUCGCACUUACCGUCUUCUUCGUCCUCUUCUUCUACUCUGUGCCUGGCUUCACCGUCAAGAAGAUCCUCGGCGCAUAACACAGGAGGAGGAACAGGAGGAGCAGAGAGUGUUGGAAAAGUAAAAGUAGGAGUAGGAGUGGAAAAGAAAUGAUAAAUGUUAAUAGAAGGAAAAGAAGGAGAGAAAUUGACAAAAAGAUGAGGAGGAGGAGGAGAUGGACAAAAAUAAGUAGAGAAGUGGAAAAAAGUGAUGAGCAUUAAGAACAGAAGGAAAAGGAGAAAAAUUAACAGUAAGAUGAGGAGGAGGAGGAGGAGGAGGAGGAGGAGAUGGACAAAAAUAAAUAAAACAGAAAAAAGUAAUGAGCAUUAGAAGGAAGAAAAGAUGUAGAAAAAAUGUGAAAAGCUGGAGAGAAAAGAUGGACAAAAACAUGAGAAAGAGGAGAAUGAUAAGUCUGAAUGACAUGCAAAAACAAAAAGAAAUGAGUGAUAAUAGAAGUGAUCAUAAGAAUUGGAAGAAGAAUGGUAAAGAAGGACUGAAAAGGGAAUGAAGAAGGAGAGACAAAACAUUGACAGAAGGAGAAUGUGAUGGUGAAAAGAACAGCAACAGACUAUGAUCACUGUAGAAAAUAAAAUAAAAUGAGAAUGGAAAGUGAGUGAAAUGAAAGACAUAUAUAAAUAAGAGAAUAUCUGGUAAGGACUAUAUGAAAGAACUUAUAAAAAGAAAAGGAAAAGUGGACUAAAAGAAGGAAAGCAAGACAGAAAUAUGACUAUGAUUAGAAACUCAUAUUAAAGAGAGCAUAUGAUAAACACUAGAAAUAAGGAAGGAGUGAGAAGAAAAGGGAAAGAAAUAUAAAGGAAGGUACAUAACAAAGGUAGUACAUAUCUCUUCACCAUUACUAGGGCAUAUAAUUUCAAUAACUAGCAAUUCCACAAAAUAUAGAAUGCUAGUGUAAUUGGCAUGUAAGAUACUUCUAGCUGGCAUUACUUGGCUAUGGUUACUAGCUGUUGUCCAUGGGAACUUAAAAGAUUGCUAGCUAAUUUCUGUUGGCAAAAAGACUGCUGCCUAUACUUUCUGUUAGCUGAAAAUGCUCCCUUUAUAUUUUACAACUGACUGCGUAAUUUCCAACUUAGUAUUUAAAUUAAUUAUAAAGAAAGUAUACCUACACAUUUCCAAUUUUUAAGGCUUCACAUACUAUGCACAAAUAAUUAAGGAAAGUGUCACAAAACAUUCUCUCUCCUGCACUUAAUUAUGUACGACACACUCCUGUUCUUGUUAUAACCUCACUUACUCCUGUGCAAGCUGUGUGUGAUCAGUUUAUGGAACCACAAUGAUAAAUAGAUUACUAUCAUAUGUGAUAAUAAACCCAGUAUCCUAAGAUUUUAAGGUAGUGAGUGUACAGUAUAAACUUUUUAAUCACAUAGUAAAUCUACAUUAGCCACAUUAUAUAGUAACUAAACCAUUGCAAGAUAGCAUCCUGUUUAACUAUUUAUAUGAUAUUUUACACGAUAAGGUUUUGAUCAUAUCCUAUGUAUAUAUAUAGAUAUACCAUUACUCUACACACAACUAUACACACGUAUAUUGAAAGGGUAAAGUUAAUAUGUAUAGGUAUUUAAUUUGUUACAUGUAUACGGUGGCUGAGCAAUGUUAUAUAUACUGUAUGAGUUACUGUAUAUCUCAGCUUAUACAACAACAUUUUCAGUCCAUUAAAAGUCUUAAAGUUAA